AUGUGCCGCACGACGACGGCUUCAUUCCUGAACUUUGCCACGACCGAGACAUCUGCGCCCGUGGUGCGUACCACCAAGGCCAAGAACGGCGGGCGGUGGAAGGACCGGCUACACGAGCGGCGCGUGAAGAAGCACCAGGCAACCAAGGAGCAAAAGAAGCUCAAGCAGUCCAAGGCAGGCUCGGAUCCCAGCCAAUACCAGCAGCACAGGCAAGAGCAAAAGACGCAGCAGGACGAUGAAGUGACCCGGCUGCUGGACGAGAUCAGCGGGCACCAUCCCAGCAAACAGAAGCAGAAGGCCAGCAGCGCAGCAGGAAGCUCGGGGCCUACACCUCUGACUGGCCAGGCAGGCAAGCAGAUUCGUAUCCCGGUGCUGCCGAGCAAUGCAGGGCAGGACAAAUCGGUGUCGAGCAAUGCAGUGGUGGACACGUCGACGUUCGAGGGACUGGGACUCGACUCUGAUGUUGUAAAGUUCCUGCACACAAAGCUGGAGAUCUCGAAGCCAACAGCGAUCCAGCAGAACGCACUGCCGAUCGCUGAUUGGCAAGGAGGUCGUGGGCGGAUUGAGCACGACGCGUUCAUCCAGGCGGCGACUGGAUCCGGUAAGACGCUGGCGUACCUGCUGCCCAUCAUCCACCGGCUUCUGACAGCCAGCACGAUGCCGACAAAGGGCGCGUAUCCGUCGCGCGAGCUGGGGACAUUUGCCAUUGUCCUGACGCCGACGCGCGAGCUGGCGCAGCAGGUGUACGAGACAAUCCAGACGCUGGUGAAUAUGCCGCUGGACAAGAGCACGGGGAUGCGGGCGCACUGGAUGGUGCCUGGAAUUGUAGUCGGUGGCGAGAAGAAGCAGUCGGAGAAGGGGCGGCUGCGCAAGGGCGAGAACACCAAGGCGUUCAUGGUGGACAAUCUGCGGUGGCUGGUGCUCGACGAGGCCGAUCGCCUGCUGGAGCUCGGAUUCGAGGAGACGCUGAGCAAGAUCCUUGCGCUGCUGGACGAGAAGCUCAAGUUCCGUGUGCCUGUGCUGGGCCGGGCCACCAUGGUCAACUCGCCGUUUCUGCCCAAGCGCCGCAUCAACGUGCUGUGCUCGGCCACGCUGCAGGACAACGUCAAGCGGCUGGCGACGCAGUCGCUGAAUAACCCGCGGUUCAUCAGCGCCACCAAGGUGCAUGAGAAUGCGGACCAGGCGGCUGAGGAGGCCCAGGGCCACCGCGGUAAGCAGGGCGCCAGCAGCGCCGACGACGAGGAUCUGCUGGACAGCGAGGGGCGGAUCAAGUUCACAGUACCCGACCAGCUCGUGCAGCGGGCGGUGAUCGUGCCGGCUAAGCUGCGGCUGGUCACGCUGGUGGCCCAGAUCAAGAACACGUUCCGGCGGCAGCCCAGCAGCAAGCUGAUCGUGUUCUUGUCGUGCAAAGACGCAGUCGACUUCAUGUACUUUUUGAUGGCGCAUGGCGGGCGGCAGGCCGAGGCUGAGGACGACCAAGACGACGUCACCAAGGAUCUGUUUUCUGACGCAAUGCGGGACUCGGACGACGAGGACUCGGACGAGGCAAAGAAGCAGAGGGAGAAGAAGGCGCUCGACAAGGCGGGCCCGCGGCUCAAGGACGACGAGAUUGUGCUGGACUCGACCGUGUUCCCUGGCGCCAAGCUGUUCCGCCUGCACGGAAGCAUGCUGCAGAAGCGCCGUACCGAGACAUUCCUGGCGUUCUCCAAGAGCACGCAGGCGUCGAUUCUCUUCACCACCGAUGUUGCUGCGCGCGGCCUCGAUCUGCCCAACGUCAACUCCAUUAUCCAGUUCGACCCGCCCUCGGAUGUGUCCUCGUAUCUGCAUCGCGUGGGCCGCACUGCGCGUCUCGGCCGUUCCGGCUACAUCCAGCUGCUGCAAGACAAGGGCCUGCGGCCGCAGGACGAGAGCAUGGAGAGCGUGCUGAAGCUGACGGCGAAAUACGAGGGCGUGAAGAAGGCCAGCGAGUGGCAGCUGCGGGCAGGCGAGAUCCAGGCGAUGCUGGAGCGGUUCACGCUGGGCAACAUGGCGGCGGCGGGACUCGCCAAGCAGGCGUACCUGUCGUCGAUCCGAGCGUAUGCGACGCACAUUUCGGCCGAGCGCAGCAUCUUCCAUGUCAAGUUCCUGCACUUUGGCCAUCUGGCCAAGGCGUUUGCGCUGAGAGAGACGCCCAAGGAGGUGGCGUCCGGCAAGGGCAACAACCAGCGCGCGGUCGAGGCCAAGGAGAAGAAGGAGCAUGAGGUGGCGGUCAAGAAGCGCCCGCUGUUCAAGCGCGGCAACGACAUCAGCGAGUUUGCGGUCGGCGACAUCAGCGCGUACUACGGUCCCAGGGUCAAGCGGUCCAAGGACUGA